ACAAUGGUCCAGCACUGAGCCACUGACUACUCGAGGCAUUUGAGCCAAGAUAAGACCAUCUCGCCAGCCAUUUUUUAGUAGACACCCUCGCUGCUCUACUUUUGCACGUCCUGCGCGCUACCACUGGCUACGCAGUACGCACACAAUCUGCCCAGCGUGAAGACAUCUCCCAUCUUUUGCUCGGGAAGGAAGAAUCACCAGGGUCCAGACUCUAGACCUGUGUGGCGAUGCUGAUGAACCUCAUCUAUUCCACCUGAUUAGCACAGCAAGCCAUCUGUGGUUCCGCGCGGUUUGUUGAGACGGAACCUGUAAAUUCAACUUAUCUGUUCUCUGCUUAAAUACUCGAAGAUCAAAUAAAACGCGCAGCGAGCAACAAUCGACAGUUAGAGAGAACAUAAGAAGAGGAGAGAAAGUAUGCAGGAUGCAAUAGUUUGUAAAAAUUGGCGCAAAAGUCAAACCCAAAUUUCCUGCGCAAGGAUGGAAAUGUUAUACUACAUCGAUGGUUGAUUUCUGGAACUGUUUUGGCUGAAAUAGUGAGGUCAAACUGCAUAAAGCGAAAUGGCCGAGGCUGCUCUUCUUCUUGUCACGACAAAGAUCGGAAUAGCUGUGGCAUCAGAAACACUUCACCACGUUAAGUCUCUUGCAAAACUCUCAGAGAACAUGACACUGAUAAGGAAUGACCUAGAGCUUAUUCGAGAAUUUCUCAAGGAGAUUGGAAAGAAACCUUCGACAGAUGGAGUCACCGAAGCAUGGAUAGGGCAAGUCCGAAGAUUGGCAUAUGAUAUGGAAGACAUUGUGGAUCAAUUUAUGUAUGUUGUUGGCAAACACCAUCAGAAAGGAUCAUGGUGGAAUAGUGCGAAGAAAAUCCUGAAGAAACCCCAGUAUCUGUUUACACAAGGUGAAAUCGCUACUGGCCUCGAGAAAAUAAACCGAGCCCUUACACAUCUUAAACAAAACAGAGACUGGACUCAACCAAUAGCUGGUGUGGGCGAUCUUUUUGCAACAAAUUAUGGCAGCCAACAGCCCCUAUAUCUUCCUGGACAUGAUUACUCAAUCUCUGAUGAUGAACUUGUGGGAUUUGAUAAAAAUAGAAAAAUAUUGAUGGGGUCACUGAAUUUGGAAAAUUGUCCACAUCUACAAAUCAUUGCCUUAUGGGGUAUGGGUGGUAUCGGGAAAAGCACUCUUGUAAGUAAUGUGUUCCGAUAUGAAGCAUCCAACUUUGAAUGCCGUGUAUGGGUUUCCGUCUCUCAGUCCUAUAAACUAGAUGAUAUUUGGAGAAGAAUACUGAAAGAAAUCUAUUCUAAAGACAAGAAAGAAUUUGAUGCUGAGAAGAUGACCUGUGGGGAGUUAAAAGAUGAAUUGAAGGAAAUCCUGAAGACAAAGCGGUACUUGAUCAUAUUGGAUGAUGUCUGGACAGCUGAAGAUUUUAGAAAAAUUAAAGAGGUUCUUGUCGAUGCAAAAAUGGGAAGCAGAAUAAUAAUCACAACAAGAUAUGAGGAAGUUGCUUCAAUAGCUCAUGAUGGUUGCAGGAUCAAAGUGGAGCCUCUUGAGGAGGAGGAUGCAUGGCAUCUAUUUUGCAGGAAGGCAUUUCCAAGCACUGAAAAUCACAUCUGCCCAUUAGUAUUACAAGAGUGUGGUAAAUUGAUAGUGGAGAGGUGUGAUGGAUUACCAUUAGCUCUUGUGGCCAUAGGGAGCUUAUUGUCUCUUAAGGCGCAGAAUGUUGCAGAGUGGAAACUAUUUGAUGCGCAACUUAUUUCCGAGCUACACAAAAACGAGAACCUAAAUCGCGUGGAGAAAAUUCUGAAUCUAAGCUACAAAUAUUUGCCCGACUAUUUGAAGAGUUGUUUCUUGUAUUGUGCCAUGUUCCCAGAAGACCACAUGAUCCACAGAAAAAGAUUGAUCAGACUGUGGGUUGCAGAAGGAUUUAUUGAACAAAUUGGAAAUUGCAGUUUAGAAGAUGUUGCUGAAGGUUACCUGACAGAGCUCGUUCGACGAAGCAUGCUUCAGGUGGUAAAGAGGAACAGUUUUAACAGGAUCAAGCAUCUUCGAAUGCAUGAUCUUGUACGUGAAUUAGCCAUUUACCAAUCGAAGAGAGAGAGUUUCAGUACGACUUAUGAUGAUAGUCUGGGGGCGAUGCAGGUGGAGUCAGAUUCUCGUCGCAUGUCGGUGCUCCAAUGCAAAAAUGACACUCAACCAAGCAUAGGUCAAUGCAGGCUUCGUACCUUCAUAGCAUUCAGCAGCAGCAUGGCAUCAUCCUCAUUGUUUCCUUCAGAAUCUAAAUAUCUUGCUGUGUUGCAGCUAUCAGGAUUACCUAUUCAGACUAUUCCAGAUUCUAUUGGGGAGUUAUUCAACCUUAAGUAUUUGGGCCUUGACAAGACCAAAGUGAAGAUACUCCCAAAAUCUGUCGUGAAGCUUCACAACUUAGAAACAUUGAAUCUUCAAGGUGCAGAGUGUGUGAAUUUGCCAAAAGGGUUUGGAAAGCUGAAGAGGCUGCGGCAUAUUCUUAUUUAUAAAUGGCUGGAUAGAACGAUCUCGAUUUUCAUAUAUUUUGAACCUGUGGAUCCGUUUGAGGGAUUAUGGAGUUUGAAGGACUUGCAAACUCUGGGUGCAGUUCGAGCUAGUAAAGUAUUCAUUACCAAUCUAGCAAGUUUAUCUCAGUUGAGGUCCAUUGGCAUUACUGGCGUAAGGAGCAUCCACUGUGCACAAUUGUGUGAAUCUCUGUCAAAGAUGCACCAGCUCUCAUCAUUACAAAUAAUGGCCAGCAACGAAGACGAAGUGCUCCAGCUAGAAACUUUGACAUUAUCAAACUGUCUUAAAAAACUUGAUUUGCAUGGGCGAUUUUCCGAAGGAACUUUGAAAUCACCAUUUUUCUCAACCAACGGAUAUACCCUUUGCAGGAUAUCUCUAAUUUGGUCCCAGCUCGUGGAGAACCCAGUGCCACGCCUCUCUGAAUUGUCAAACUUGACCAAAAUACUUCUAAGAAAAGCAUAUACAGGACAGGAGCUAAACUUCCAGCCAGAGUGGUUCCCAAAUGUGAAGAUUCUUUUGUUGUUGAAUUUGCCACAUGUCAACCAAAUAUGCAUACACGAGGGAGCUUUGGUCCGCCUUGAAGAACUUGUGAUCAGAAACCUUGCCAAACUACGGGACGUCCCUGGGCUGGGACAUCUGAAAUCCCUCAAAGAGACACAGUUUGUUGACAUGCAUCCUCAUUUCCUAAGGAAUCUUCAAGCGGCAAGACUAGAGCAUAUCCCGAUAUCCUACUACAGGACAGUGCGACCCGGAAUGGCAUGAGUCUUUCUUGGGUGGCUGGGGUUUGCAGUCAUUAUCGUCGGUGAGGGAGCUAUAUAUAUCUUUGUUGUGCAAUGGGGAUUUACGGCCAACUGCCAAUUUGUCUUGCUGUUAUUGUUUCUGCUUAUUUAAACAAGGACUGGUUUGUAACAAGGCAUGAGAUCCAUCUUGGUUUUAUAGUAUUUAUGUUUAGUGAUGCUAAGCUACUGCGUGAGAUAACUACUAUGUAUUUUUACACAGUGAUUCAUGUAAUAAUGUUGAAAACUUGAGCUACUUGCGACUGAAUAUUAUACCCCACUGCGAAGCAUCUGAACUUUUUGCU